UCCUUUUAACCUAACAUUUUUGUUAAAUGUCAGAAUAAUUGGCUUGUACGCGGGUAAUGAGUACGCCUAGUUGAAAACAUAAAAAUAUUUGGAGUAAAUUGGGUAUAAACAAUUAGUGCGAGUCGAGCAUUGAAAGUGAAAACCACUGUGGAGUUAUCAGUGCGAUAAGGCAGCCAAAAAUUCUCGUUUAUUCGAAUUGAAGUAUUAUUAGUAGUAGAACAACAAACAUGAGUGUGGUGGAUGUGGAGUCGUUGAAAAAAAAUAGGGUCUUGCACCUGUGUCUGGCCAUAACGUUUUUUUGUUCAGGGUUGAUUAUUAACGUAAUACAGUGUAUUUUGUAUUUAACCCUUCACAAAGUUAACAAGCCCUUGUACAGGAGGGUCAACAAGGUUCUGACUUACUGCAUUUUUUCACAGUUAUCAUUUCUUGGUGAUUACUGGUCAAAUACAACAGUUUACCACUAUGUUGACAAAGAUGUUUAUGAUAAAUAUUUCGGCAAAGAACAUGCAUUCUGUAUUAUGAACCAUUCGUAUGAUGUAGACUGGGUCCCUGGUUGGAUGGUAUGCGACAGACUUGGCAUGUUGGGGAAUUGCAAAGCCUAUGCCAAAUCCGCGACGAAGUACAUCCCUGUGUUGGGCUGGUGCUGGAAGUUUGGAGAAUUUGUUUUUCUUGAAAGAAACUUUGAAAAGGACAAGGAAAAUAUUCACCAACAAAUUGGGGAACUUGCCGAUUACCCCGAGCCCGUCUGGUUGCUACUGUUCCCUGAAGGCACGCGCUUCACCCCGGAAAAGCAAAAAGCUUCGGUGGAAUUUGCCGCCAAAAGCGGCAAAAAAGCUCUCAAGUACCACUUGAUUCCGCGCACCAAAGGUUUCAUAGCCAGCUUGCCGCGCAUGCAGGGCAAAAUCCACGCCCUCUACGACGUCGAGGUGGCUUACAAAGAGGAAGAGACCAAACCCACCAUCACCAACAUGCUGAUGGGCAAAAGCCUGAAAGCGCACAUGUACUACCACAGGAUACCCAUGGAGGAGGUGCCCAAGACCGAGGAAGGACAGGACCAGUUUUUGAGGGAUCUCUUUGAUAAAAAAGAUAGGAUGAGGGAAAGCUUCGCUCAAACCGGCGAUUUCUUCGCGACAUCUGGUGUCGAAAGGGUGGAACCAUUCACGGUACCCAGAAGCACAUUAACCUUGAUUAAUCUGGUGUUCUGGGCGACCGUCGUAUUGGUACCGAUAGCCUACUGCCUGUUAAAAUGGCUCGUCACUGGCCAGUUUCUUGCGUUCGGCAUCGUCGUCGGAUUAAUUGGCGCCCUGUAUGUGAUGAUGACUAAAGUGAUUGGCAUGUCAAAAACCGAAAAGGGGUCUUCAUACGGAUCGUCCACUCCAAAAAAAACAAAUUAAAUUAGUUUUCUUUAUAGCCGUUCGUUCUAAAUGUUGUAGGCUUGAGUGCCAACCAAAAAAAUCCAGUAUCAAAUAGACAAAAAUUAGUUGAGUUUAAUGUUCAAUAUUUUUGUUAAAAACGUAACAAAGUUAUUUAUUAGGUUUCAUUUUUUUUUAUUUUGUUGAUUUUUUGAAAGACUUUUUUUAAUGUAUUAUACAAUAAUAUAUUAUAUUGUAAUUAUAUUAUUUAUUUAAUGUGCUGUAAAUAAGAAUGAUGUAUUGUUUAGGGAUUACAGAUUAUACUUAACAAAGAUAUA